AGCAACAACAUGUAAUCAGUUCCACUCCAUUAAACAGAAACUUAACCCACUCAAUUAAGGCCCCAAUUUUCACCUUCACAGCUAGCUUCAGUCACUCUCUCCAAACCCUAGAUCCAAUCGCCCCAACCCCUCCCACCCAUGGCUGCCUCAAAGAAAUCUGGUGGCCCCCGCGACAUGCUAGAAUCCAUGUACUCAGUGAUCGCUCUAUUCUUCAUUUUGGUAGCCUGCGUCGAACUCUGCGACGCCGCCGCCGUCGUCGAUGUCUACCGUCUGAUCCAAUACGACAUGUCCGGUUCCCCUUUCGGAUCUCGCUUCGCCUCCCUCAACCACCAUGCCGCCUCCUUGCAUUUCCCUCCCGGCGCCGAUCUUUCUAGAACCGUCCUCAUCAUCCCUCUUCGUGAAUUGAAUAUCACUUUCGUUCGAGAAUAUAUUUUUCAGAAAAAGCCGUUAGGAGGGUUGUUAUUUUUGCUUCCAGAAGUAUUUAGCUUUGAAAAUGGAGGGAAUAAGCAAAUUCAUGAGAAAGAGAAAAUGAAAAAUGUAUUGGCGGAGCUUGAACAGUUACUUAUACAUGCAAAUAUACCUUAUCCUGUCUAUUUUGCUUUUGAGAAUGAUGAAAUUGAGACCGUGCUGGCUGACAUCAAGAAGAAUGAUGCAAUUGGUCAGCCUGCUACUGCAACUACUGGCGGAUACAAGCUUGUUAUCCCAGCACCAGAACCUAAGAAAGUUGCAUCUCCCACCAUCACAAAUAUUCAGGGGUGGUUGUCUGGAUUGAAAGCUGAUGGAGAGGCAAAUCAACUUCCAACCAUUGCUAUUGUUGCAUCUUAUGAUACUUUUGGGGCUGCUCCUGCACUAUCAGUGGGAACUGACAGCAAUGGAAGUGGCAUUGUGGCACUUCUUGAAAUAGCUAGGUUAUUCUCUCUUCUCUACUCGAAUCCUAAGACAAGAGGCAGGUACAAUUUACUUUUUGGCCUGACAUCUGGUGGACCAUAUAACUACAAUGGAACUCAGAAGUGGCUUCGGAGUUUUGAUCAACGAUUACGUGAGAGUAUUGACUAUGCUAUUUGUUUAAAUAGUAUUGGUUCUUGGGAUAAUGAGUUGUGGAUUCAUGUAUCAAAGCCUCCAGAGAAUGCCUACGUCAAGCAAAUUUUUGAGGGUUUCUCUAAUGUAGCAGAGGAGUUGGACCUCAAAGUUGGUCUAAAGCACAAGAAAAUAAACAUCUCCAAUCCUCGAGUAGCUUGGGAGCAUGAACAGUUCUCAAGGCUGAGAGUCACUGCUGCCACUCUUUCUGAACUCUCUGUUGCGCCUGAUAUCCUAGAAGGCACUGGAGGUCUGUUUGAUAGCAGGCAAUUUGUGAAUGAAACUGCAAUUAUUAGAGGUGUGAAGUUAGUCGCUGAAAGUCUUGCGAGGCAUAUCUAUGGCCACCAGGGAAAAAAUGUCCAAAUUUUUGCAGGUGACAGUAGUUUGGCUGUCAAUCCUGCUUAUGUUCGAUCUUGGCUGGAUCUUUUGUCACGAACACCUCGAGUGGCUCCAUUUCUUUCAAAGAAUGACCCUUUUGUUACGGCAUUGAAAAAGGAAUUAGCUGAUCACACUGAUGAAGUGAAUGUGCAACAUGAAAAUCUUGAAGGGAUGUUCACUUUCUACGAUUCAACUAGUGUUAGGCUUAACAUAUAUCAGGUUGCUAGUGUAACAUUUGACUUGCUGUUGCUACUUGUGUUGGGAUCAUAUUUGAUAGUGCUCUUCAGUUUUCUUGUCAUCACAACCAGGGGUCUUGAUGAUCUAAUCAGUUUAUUUCGACGGCCUCCUUCUCGAAAGGUGAAAACGGCUUGAUAGCUGCAGCAGCAUUGUAUGCAAAUGCCUUGUACGAAAGGUUUCCUGAUGUGGCUUAAACCGAAAUUCCCAUGAGGUUCCUUAGUGGUGUGCUAAUGUUUUUGUUAGUUUUAGUAUCACGAGGGAUCAUUUUAAAUGCUGGUCCAAAGAAGAUUUUUGUAAUUUAUUUUUCCAAAUUGAGAUCAGUCAAUUCAAGGUGCGAGAAAAAAUUUUGCUCAGCUCCAAUAUUGUACGCUAUUGUUAUUGGCAGUUAUAUGGCAGAGAACAAUAUGUUGGGUCUAAGCACCAACCAAGAAUUUGACCCUACUUA